CUUCCUGAAUCUGUGGUAAAAAUCUUUAGUUACUUUAGUGCGAUUUGAACAAAAAAUAGUUCCGGAAUAUUUCUAAUGCAAUGAAAAGCUAAUGAAAACCUUUAAUAUUUCUUUCUUAAACAGGCAUCCAAUGCGAUAAACUCUUCGAUGAUGACGGUAAAUUUGCAGCUUGCCGAUUUUUUUCAAUACGUCGGAGGAGGAAGCAGGUUGAUAGUCGAAGGUGAACGGGUGUUUCAAGCUAACCACUUGCUUCUUGUCGGAGUUCAAACCGUGCACGAGGACGGCUUUACCAUAUUUGCGACUUGUUUGAAGUCAUCAUCACCUAGAGCUGAUCCACACAAAAUUUCCAUCCGCACCAGACCUUCCUUUGAAAAGUGGUCUUUUCAGUGUUCGUGCAAAGCUGGAAUGGGAAAAUGCAAACACAUAAUGGCCGUUUUAAAACAUCUUCUAAUGGGUUCCCUUCAGUUCCAUUGCUUACAGUAACAGAUUUGCAACAAAAGUGGGGUAAAAUUGCAGAAAAAGUUGCUGACGAUAUGUACAAGACAACACCAUUGACCGCAUUCUGCAAAAAAAUGACGAAUACAAAAGAUACGACUGAAGCUGCCUCGCCGGCGGGUUUGACUCACGAUGAGGGUACCAACAUUCUUCAGCUUUUCGUGAAAGGAUUCCCUGAAAGCGGUCUGGCAUACGAAAAGAAAGGACGAGAAAUGAAAAAUAUUGACAAAAAUGAUGAAUCUGAUGUUCUGAAUACACUUCUCGAUAUAGAUGUGCAAAGUCAUUCUACAGAAUCCAUUGAUUCGUUAAUUUCUAUUGAAGAAAAUAUGACUUGCAGUCUACUUAAAUCCUUCCUGAGAAGAUCGUUUCAUCCUGAUAACUUCACGAUGAUCGAUCGUGAAAUAAUGGAAUUUAUAGGUCCGUUAGAAAAGGAUCUGCAACUUCAUUUCGAAAUUAAUGUGAAAGUAUCGGAAUACGAGUCUUUGAAAAUAUGUACAAGAACUAUAGAACAAAGAGUAUCAUCGCAAUGGAAAAAAGAACGAAGCCGGCGCAUCACUUCAUCCAGUGCAUACUCUGUGUAUACAUACUACACAAAUCAACCCGACAAGAACAAAAAUUGGAAAAGUAAAAUCCUGAGUAUGGUGACACCGAAACAUCUUUCAACACCAGCAAUCGUACAUGGGAUCCGAUGCGAAUCAAAAGCCAUAGCAGCAUAUGAGCGAGACUACAGAAAAAACGUUUGGAGUUGUGGUUUCGUAAUACCCCCACAUAUUUCAUGGCUAGGAUGUUCUCCUGACGGAAUUGUUAUAAACGAAGGGAGAAUAAUAGAAAUUAAGUGUCCAAAAGAAGGGGAAAAAUCAUUGUGUGAUUUAAUUGAUUUUCUUCCCUAUUUUACAAGAUUAAAUGUUUUGAAAAAAAAUCAUCAAUAUUACGCACAGUUGCAACUAACUAUGUUCAUAACAAAAUGUAGAGUAGCAGAAUGAAUAUCCUUGGCCAUUCCGUGUACGACAUCCAGGAACUAUACAAACCACUUUACUAGAAUGCGGUGUUAUAGAUUGAAUCCCGAUAUUUUCAUCACAAGGCUCGUUGCAAGGUUCACUUUGCUUCCACUCGGCCAUUUUCUCCACGAAGCACUGCACUGCAAAUGAAUUGUAUCGUAAUGUUUUUCGCUUUAUUAUUAAAGACAAUGAAUUGACAGAACUGUUUAAUAUAACAGCACUUCAUUUCUUUUCAAGUUUCAUUCAUAAUUUUAUUAAAGAAAUUACCCUAAAAUCUCAGUCCUCCAGAUGCGCCUAUUUUUUCUGCCUCCUACAAACGCUGAAUGAGGCCAGAAUAUUCGUUAUUCACCGUAAUAUGCUGUUUGAAAGCUGUUUAAAGAUUCCUAAAACCAGCAGACAACACAAUCAAAGAAUUACAAUGAGUAAUCACUGUAUCAA